GCAGUGCUUCUUUCUUUCUUUCUUACUUCCGAAUGGAAGAAGUCACAAUACCAGAUAAAAUCCAAGAGGGACAAGUAUGUGUUCGAACCCUUUACCUUUCUGUGGAUCCUUACAUGCGCUGUCGUAUGAUUGAAGACACAGAUGCUGAAUAUCUCCGGGCUUGGAAGCUAUCUGAGGUGGCUGAUGGUGGGGGCAUUGGCAUUGUGAAGAAUAGCAAAUGUACACACCUUGUAAAAGGAGAUUUUGUAACUUCAUUCAACUGGCCCUGGCAGACAAAAGCCAUUUUAGAUGGAAGUCUGCUCCAAAAGCUUAAUCCACAACUUGUAGAUGGACACCUCUCUUACUUUCUUGGUGCCUCUGGUAUUACUGGGUUAACUGCCUUAUUAGGAAUAAGAGAGAAAGGACAUGUGAUUCCAGGUGCCAAUCAGACAAUGGUUGUUAGUGGAGCUGCUGGUUCCUGUGGUUCUUUGGCUGGUCAGAUUGGCCGCCUAGAGGGUUGCUCCAGAGUGGUAGGAAUUGCAGGUACAGAUGAGAAGUGCUCCAUUUUGGUCUCAGAAAUGGGGUUUGAUGCUGCCAUCAACUACAAGAAGGGAAGUGUGGCAGAGCAGCUGCAGGAACUCUGUCCAGCUGGCGUGGAUGUGUACUUUGACAAUGUUGGUGGAGACAUCAGUGAUGCAGUUAUCAGUCAGAUGAAUCAGAAUAGCCAUAUCAUCCUCUGUGGACAGAUUUCCCAGUAUAAUAAAGAUAUGUCUUAUCCUCCUCCAUUGGCUCCUGCAGUAGAAGAAAUACAGAAAGCAAGGAAUAUCACAAUCAGAGAGACUGUAACACGAGGUCUGGAAAAAACUGGUGCUGCUUUCCAAUCCAUGAUGACCGGCGGCAACAUAGGAAAACAGAUGGUGCUCAUUUCUGAAUAACAUUUUUGCACCUUUUGUGUAAAUAUACCCAACAGGAAAAAUAAACAUUUAUGAUC